CACCUGUCCUUCAGUCGGGCAGCAAUGGUGGCAGUAAUCUCCGGUGGCCCUUCCGUCCGUUCCGACGCGGCUAUCUCUUCCUUGUCCUCCGCCUUCUCCGGCGGAUCUUUUCUGCGAUCUUCGUCGUUUUCGUCCGGUAUCUCCUUCGCUUCUCGAUCUUCUCCGGCCGGCCUCGGCGGCGCUCGCGGCCGUAUCUCAUGCCGGACGUCCGCCCCCGCCCAUUCCGUCCCUUCUUCCUCCAAGGAAGGAAAUGCUACAAGCAAAAAAGACUUUCUCCACAUCAGUGACUUUGACAAGGAUACCAUCUUGAAGAUCCUAAAUCAUGCAGCUGAGGUCAAGGCACUGUUGAAAUCAGGAGACAGAACGUUUCUCCCAUUCAAAGGAAAGACAAUGGCAAUGAUUUUUGCUAAGCCAUCUAUGAGGACUCGUGUUUCAUUUGAAACAGGAUUCUUCUUGCUUGGUGGGCAUGCCAUUUACCUAGGACCUGAUGAUAUCCAGAUGGGUAAGCGAGAGGAGACUCGUGAUGUUGCCCGAGUGCUUGCUGGUUAUAAUGACAUCAUCAUGGCACGUGUAUUUGCUCAUCAGGAUAUUCUUGACUUGGCUGCAUAUGCUUCAGUGCCAGUCGUCAAUGGUCUAACUGAUUAUAACCACCCAUGCCAAAUAAUGGCUGACGCACUGACAAUUAUAGAACAUAUUGGCCAGCUGGAAGGAACCAAGAUUGUUUACAUUGGAGAUGGGAACAAUAUUGUGCACUCAUGGCUUCUGAUGGCAUCUGUGGUUCCUUUCCAUUUUGUGUGUGCUUGCCCGAAAGGCUUUGAGCCAGAUGAGAAGACUGUCGAGAAAGCAAGGAGUGCUGGAAUCAGCAAGAUUGAAAUUACACAUGAUCCCAGGGAAGCAGUAAGGGGGGCUGAUGUGGUGUAUUCAGAUGUUUGGGCUAGUAUGGGCCAAAAGGAGGAGGCUGCAUAUAGGAAGCAACAUUUCCAAGGGUUCCAGAUUGAUGAAGCCUUAAUGAAGAUCGCGGGGCCGAAAGCUUACUUCAUGCACUGCCUACCAGCGGAGAGAGGGAUAGAAGUUACUGACGGGGUUAUUGAAGCUCCCAACUCUAUUGUCUUUCCCCAGGCUGAGAACCGAAUGCAUGCUCAGAAUGCCAUCAUGCUCCACCUGUUUGGCGUCUGACACGCCAUCACAAGUUUCCAUGAGAUAAAGACACAAGUGGGCUGCUUGAUGAGUUUUCAUCAUUUUUGCCCCCAUUAUAUUGUCGUAUAGACUUUUGUGACCGUAGGUUUUUGUCAGGUUUGAAACGGAAAUAUUGUGCUAGUGGUCUGGUGCGAACUUUCAGCUUUUUUUGCCAAACCCCUUUUUUUCUCUGGUGCGAACUUUCAGCUUCUUUGCCAAA